AUGCAAGAAAUAUGCAACACCGCCGCUCUGCCACUCGACAGUAACCCCUUGAUGCGUAAGAUAAAAUGCGAAGAGAUUCCAAUCAGAGGCAAACAGGCAACCAGAGUUGGGAUGGGGGUACGUGAUGAAAUGGAAGAGGAGUUUGCGGUCAAAACGCGGAACACACCACCGAUGGGACCCGCGCCCGGACCGGAACACGCCCGGAUGGAACACGGCGGGAACGGGUUCUGGCUCGCAGCAGUAACUGCAGCCGGAGCUCCUCAUCCAAUGCUUGAAACUUGCACUGAAACCGGCUUUAUUAACAGCCAACCAUCGAUGGCGGAGUUUAUGACGGCUCUCCCCCAAUUAGGAGGAGGCGAACUGAGUCCACAGCAUACGCCGCCCGGUUACGGUCCUGACCUACCUUCCCCUGGCGGUGGUCUUAACGUUCCCGAGUAUCCCUGGAUGAAGGAGAAAAAAACGACAAGAAAGAGCAGCCAACAAGGUAAGCGCCGAGUAUUUUAA